AUGGCUCCCAAGGCGAAAAAUAAGGCGAAAGCCAAGGCGAAAGGGCAGGCAGCGGCAGCGGCAGUUGCUGCCCCGGCCGCCGAUGCGGCGCAGGGAGGGGACCCCCUUCUUCGACUGGACUUGUCUGCUCCCCAUCCUGCGAACGUGACUUACCUCGAUCAAGUCCAGACUGCCUGGAAUACCAUCUUGGGUCAUGAGGUGUUCGAGGGCCUCGUGGCGAAGGAUCCGCUGGUAAUCCACGCAGGCGAGAAAGGCUUCCAAAGCCCUUACAAUGAUGCGGAGUUUGUCUUGGCCCUGCAAGAGACAAAGCAAUAUGCCUGUGGAGGCAACCUAGCGUGGGUGUCUCCGACCUUCUCCACUAGCCCAGGUGUGCCUUUCAAUGCCAAGUCUGUGGGGAAAGUCAAAGCAUAUUACUUUGGCGACACGACCGCUCCUUCCCGAUUUCCUCAUAACGUCGUCGUUGCUGUGAGCCCUGAGCAGCUUCGGUCCGGAUCUAUGAUGGGAGAGAAAGGAAGCAUGCAAGCUUGCAGCCCGCCCGAAACACGGCAUGCCCUGAUUCUUCGAAUCGCGGAGCUCAUCAAGGAGGGCCUGACGGACGAGAAGUUGCAAACCUGGCGCCGGCUGAUUCUUACGACAAUGUUCGUUUUUGAGCUGCUCCCGAAUGGGGAUGCACUGUCCGCCAGGGCAGACAGUCUUCGCGAGAAUGCGGUUUCAGACUACAACGCUCACGCUUGGACUUGUCUUCAGAAAGUGUACCAUCUGAACUUGUGGUGUGCGAAGAAGGAAGAACAGCUGGGCAGCCUUGCUGCCGAGAAGAUUGAGCGUGCAACUUCGGAGGAUUCGGAAAAAAUCACGCCGAGCUGGGUUGACCAGGCCAUGACUGUCUGGGACAGAAUGAUCAAAAUCCCCAGCAUCGCUGCCGUCAUGCUGAAGAUGGACCACGACUAUGGGCACGACGCUCCCUUGAACGGCAUCGUGGCCAUGCAGGGGCUGGUCUCGAAAACACGCACCGAGGACAUGCUGCUGUGGGUGGUCGGCUGCAUUGACCAGUACUUUGAGUGCGGCUACUUGGUCAAGGGGGAGCUCACCACUCGGCAGAUCAACCCUGCUGGCGGUACUAAGGGUACAGUCGACCUUUUCAUGUACAAGAAAGACAUCUGCGAGCACCUGCUCCAUACCUUCCUCGAUGAGUUGGUGGAUGACCAGGACAUCAGAAGAGUCAUUCGGAACCGUUUGGCGGACCACACAUGUCAUCACAAUUACUUCGGAUGGCCUCGCGAUGUCGAAGCUACGGACCUUACCUGGUACUCGGCCUGGGAUGAGGGCUGCCGGGAGGCCGUCGUCUACAACAAGACACACGACUCUGUCUUGAAGCAGGCGCUCAAGAACCGCAAAAGUGCUACAGAAGUGCUGGGCUACGGCGCCUUUGAGACUUUGGUGCAGGAACUCAAGAGUACCAUCGAGAAAGAUCGGAAGGCCAGCGGCCAGGCAUUGCCAGGAACUGCUCCGGCAGCACCUGUUCAUUCUGUGAAGGAUGUGACGGACAUCCCCGAGCACAUCUUGUCCGCUAGCCUGGAGGAUCUGGAAACUGAUGAAGACAAGAUCUUGAAGUACCGAGCUAUGGCCAUGCAUACAGUCAAGACCCGCAUUAAGCUCAUCGUCGAGCCGAGCUCCGACGAGGCCUUCGCUACGGCUAUAGCUGAUACAUCAAUUGGGCAGCUUCGCGGCGACAGCCAGAAGAAGAUCCUGUGCUUGUACGACAUCAAAAAAAGCGGGGAGUCGGUGACGGCACCGCAUUUGAGACCGCCGUCCUUUCGCAAGGAACAUGCCCAAAAAGGCUUGAGAGCUGUGAUGGCAUCGCGGGGAAAGAAAGAGGAGGUGCAUGAAGGAGAUGCCUUCUUCGUUUACGAUGCUGGCAAAAUGGGCAACGAGAGGGCCAUCAGCACUUUGCUCAGCACGAACGAGGGCAAGCGCAUUGCCCACGACAAGCGGAUUAUCUUCUUGACUUACAGCGAGGUGGAGAUGCUGUACAUCUUCACGAAGAGCAACUUGGAGAUGGCCGAAGCGAAGCACCCGAUCUACACCGGCAGCACCGCUGGGAAUCUCAUCGGCCCCAUCCAGCUUGAGAGUUUCCAGGACUGCGCUUGGCAAGCCACCUUUGAGGACAAGAAGAAAAUGCUGGGCAGCUUCCGAGUGGCUGUUGGUGGGACGACGGAGGGCAGUGAGGCGACCCCACGUCCCCAGUUCAAGAACAGCGAGCUCAAGUACAAGAAGCACGGGAGCAGUGAAAACUGUGACGGCGACUACGAGCCUUUCUGCUUUCAUAGCCUCCCCAGCGACUACUACAAGGAUAUGUUCAGGACCUGGGCCCCCAAGUGCAUCAUAGAUCUCACCGCGGCUGACUUGGCAGCAGCGAUCGUGGCAAUCGAGCUCAAGAUGCCCUACCUCGGUGUGAUGUUCAGUGAAUUCCACCUUACGGAAGGUUACAAGCACGUCGCCGACAUGACUUUCCGUGCCAUGUCCGAGGAGUCCUCUCCGUUGUACGAGCCUAAGCUGGCUGCGCUGCUGAAUCCUGGUAAGGCCCCAGGCAAAGGACGUGGCAGGGGAAGGGGCCGUGGUCGGGGUCAGCAGGGGGGCGAUGGCGACGAGGAGACGGAUGUCUUGCGUAAGGACGGCGAGACCGAAGGUCAAGGGUCGGGGGAUGCAGGAGGCUCCGGUGGCAAGGAGGGCAAUGGUGGAAGCACCGAGCCGAAGAAGAAGAAGCCCCGCACAGACAAGGGCACUUCCAACACCGGUGGCAGUGGCAGUGGCAGUGGCAGUGGCAAUGGCACUCAGACCAGUCUUGACCAGCUCAUGGUCCAGUUGAAGAAUCUGCGCGGUGCCGGUGCCGGUGCCGGUGGCGGUGCCGGUGGCAAGUGA